AUGUCGCUAAAACGUUAUCAACAGAUAACAAGACACAUUCACUUUGUUAACAACGCAAAUCAGAACGACGAUCCUUACUUCAAAAUUAGGCCAGCUUUAGAAAUAGUGAGAAGAAAUUGUAUGAGUGUAGAAGAAGAGAAAAAACACAGUAUUGAUGAAAUGAUGGUACCAUAUAAAGGGAAGAAGGCCGGGUCAAAGCGGCAAUAUAUAAAAUCUAAGCCCAAAAAGUGGGGCUUCAAAAUCUUUGUGAGAGCAGGUGUAUCUGGAUUGGUCUAUGAUUUUCUCAUCUAUGGAGGAGCAAAGACAUUCAGAGAAUAUCACCAGUUUACCAGCGAAGAGAAUACUUUAGGAUUAGGAGCGAAAGUUAUUCUUAGUCUAUGCAAAUCUAUGAAAGCCCCUAUCUGCUCGGCUGUGUAUUUUGACAAGUUCUUUACGUCUUUGGAAUUGAUGCACAUACUGAGACAAAACUACGGAAUUUUAUCUCUCGGCACAAUAAGAUCCAAUCGGCUGGGGAUCUGUUCAUUAGAAAACGACAAAGCCUUGGCGAAAAGAGGUCGAGGGUCAUUUUGUUUCAAAAAUGAUAACGUCAACAAAAUCAGUUGCGUUAAAUGGUUUGACAAUAAGGCAGUCAUUCUUGUGAGCUCUUAUGUUUCAGUAGAGCCAGUAGCUACUGCUACACGGUAUACGAAACACAAAAAAGAUAAAACUGAUAUACCAUGUCCGAGUAUUGUAAAACAGUAA